AUGGUGACAUUUUGAUCUCUGCAGAUCAGUGACGACGAAAAGGGUUAUGACCCAGAGUUGUUUUGUAUUCCGAAGCACUAUGAAGAAGACCUUGAAAGAGUUUUCAUUCCUCAUGGGCUUAUUAUGGAUCGGACUGAACGGCUGGCCCGAGAUAUAAUGAAGGACAUGGGAGGCGAUCACAUUGUGGUCCUUUGUGUACUGAAGGGGGGUUACAAGUUCUUCGCUGAUCUUUUAGACUACAUCAAGGCUCUGAACAGAAACCAGGAAGAGUCCCUCCCAAUGACCAUUGAUUUCAUCAGGCUGAAGAGUUACUGUAACGAUCAGACUGCAGAGGAAGUGAAAGUUAUUGGAGGAGAUGACCUGUCUACGCUGGCUGGGAAGAACAUCUUGAUUGUUGAAGACAUUGUAGAAACUGGGAGAACGAUGAAGAAGCUGCUUAAACUUUUGGAGAGCCACAAGCCCCAAAUGGUCAAAGUGGCAAGUUUAUUGUUGAAAAGAACUCCUCAGAGCUCUGGAUACAGACCUGACUUUGUAGGAUUUGAAAUUCCAGAUAAGUUUGUGGUGGGAUAUGCCCUGGAUUACAAUGAACAUUUCCGGGAUUUGAACCACAUUUGUGUGAUCAGUGAUAAAGGCAGACAGAAGUACAAGGUCUGAAGGCAAGAAGGACUCCCUCAAUAACUGGAAGAUUCUGGUGGAGAACUGAUCACAGUAGAUUCCUAAAUAUACUUACCCUCUCAAUCAAUUCAUUUGUAAGCAACAGAAUGUGGG